AUUCUUUGAGUUGAGCACGAUAAUUGAGAACGAUCAGUGAAGUAUAUAUAUAUUUAAAUUAUCAGUUUGAGAAAGAACAUUCCUACUCAUCAACAAGCUAUUCCGUCAAGCUCAACCUAUCUUCAACAUCCUAUAAUCAUCUAUUCAAUAUGAAGGUUUCUCAGAUCCUCGCCAUCGUGGCAUUUGUCACCAGCGUUGCUGCUGCUCCAGUCUCAGUCGAAGCAAGAGAUGUUUUGCAAGCACGAGAGCCAACCAAGCUCAAGGUUGAUCGCAACGCCGAGCCAGAACCCACCAAGCUCAAGGUUGACCGUCGCACCAAGCUUAAGGUUGACAGAAACGCUGAGCCAGAACCUACAAAACUUAAAGUUGAUCGCAACGCUGAGGCCGAGCCAACAAAGCUCAAGGUUGAUCGUCGUACCAAGCUUAAGGUCGACAGAAACGCUGAGCCAGAACCUACAAAACUUAAAGUUGAUAGAAAUGCCGAAGCUGAGCCAACAAAACUUAAAGUUGACCGCCGCACUAAACUCAAAGUCGAUCGCAAUGCUGAGGCAGAGCCCACCAAGCUCAAGGUUGACCGCAACGCUGAAGCCGAGCCAACAAAACUUAAGGUUGACCGUCGUACCAAGCUCAAGGUUGACAGAAACGCUGAAGCUGAGCCAACAAAGCUUAAGGUUGACCGUCGUACCAAGCUCAAGGUUGACAGAAACGCUGAAGCUGAGCCAACAAAGCUUAAGGUUGACCGUCGUACCAAGCUCAAGGUUGAUCGCAAUGCUGAGGCAGAGCCUACCAAGCUCAAGGUCGAUCGUAACGCUGAGCCAGAGCCCACCAAGCUCAAGGUCGAUCGCAAUGCUGAGGCAGAGCCUACCAAGCUCAAGGUCGAUCGCAAUGCUGAGGCAGAGCCCACCAAGCUCAAGGUUGACCGCAACGCUGAAGCCGAACCCACAAAGCUCAAGGUGGAUUAA